AUGGCUGCUGUUUCCGGAUCCAAUGUUGUUUCUCUGAAAUCCGCCGCGAGGUUUGCUGAUUCCAGUGACCGUAAGUUUGUUCAGAUUAGGCAAUGGUGCCCGAUUUCCGGUUUCGGAUCGGUUCAGGCUCGACCGAGCGUCGGACUCCAGUGCAAAUCGAGACGGUCGUUUGCUUCAUACGGUGUAAAAGCUCAGGUUGCCACUUUUGAACAAGCUAGCUCUGAAGCGGCCCAAAAAGUGGAAGCUCCCGUAGCCAUAGUUACUGGAGCUUCUAGAGGCAUCGGUAAAGCAGUUGCAUUGACUCUAGGUAAAGCAGGUUGCAAGGUCCUUGUGAAUUAUGCCAGAUCAUCGAAAGAGGCUGAGGAAGUUUCGAAAGAGAUUGAGUCAUAUGGUGGUCAGGCUAUUUCUUUUGGUGGAGAUGUUUCAAAAGAAGCUGAUGUAGAGGCAAUGAUGAAAACUGCUGUUGAUACAUGGGGAACUGUUGAUAUAUUGAUAAACAAUGCAGGAAUUACUCGGGAUACUUUGUUGAUGAGAAUGAAGAAAUCACAAUGGCAGGAGGUUAUUGAUCUGAAUCUUACAGGAGUGUUUCUUUGUACACAGGCAGCAGCAAAAAUCAUGAUGAAGAAGAAAAAGGGAAAGAUAAUUAACAUAGCAUCAGUUGUUGGUCUGGUUGGCAACAUCGGGCAAGCCAACUAUAGUGCUGCUAAAGCAGGAGUUAUUGGUUUGACAAAGACUGUUGCAAGGGAAUAUGCCAGCAGAAACAUUAAUGUCAAUGCUGUUGCCCCAGGAUUUAUUGCAUCUGAUAUGACAGCUAAACUUGGAGAUGACAUUGAAAAAAAAAUCUUGCAAACAAUUCCCUUAGGAAGGUAUGGCCAACCCGAAGAAGUUUCCGGACUGGUGGAAUUUUUGGCUUUAAACCCUGCUUCUAAUUAUAUCACAGGACAGGUGUUCACCAUUGAUGGAGGAAUGGUCAUGUAAAAUUGCGGUACCUUCACUCGACAAGCUUUCGUUGGUUAGUUCUGUUACCCUAUCGGGACUCGAAGUUAAUAUAAGCCUGUUUAGUGUUUGACUUUUUGCUUUGAUUUGAACACAAUAUGAAACAUUUAAAACCAAACGAAAAGAUAUGCAACAACUUUGUAGGAUUGCAUUGGGUUUUCGAGCAGUCUGUCCGCUUCAUCCAUUAAGUUUUUAACAUUUCAAUCCG